AUGGCACCCAAUGCCACCUCGUCUCAUAUCUCGUCACUUGGUUCCAUCCAAGCUUUGGCCUGCAGAGUCUACAGUCAUGCUCUGCAUCAAUGCUCCACCGCCCUCCUGAGUCACUCUUUCCUCAACUCCAGCACCCGAGCUAACAGCCACCAAAGGCAGCUGCCACACGACAAAUCUGGCAAUCCUGCUAUCCUAUCCACCCUCCCUCCGCAUUCGAUCCCUCACCUCCGCCUGGAGUUCCACGCCGUGCGCACUUGCUUCGUCUGCGGUCGCCCGCCGGCCUUGGCCUUUCUGUACCAGUGCACCCAAGAUUGUGACCCAGAAACUUUACACGACUGCCUCUUGCGCGCAGACCCUGACCCUAUCGAACCAGCAAAGUCCAAUGUACGACUACGACUGGAGCAGGUCGAAAUGAGCGAAAGUGUCAUUCUGGCGGCCGAGGGCGGUCACUACACCACUACUCACCUGGACAAGCUCAUCAAUCUCAAGCAAGAGCUGCAACAAACCAUCUCGGAUAAGAUCCAACGCGGACAGUGCAACGACGCCGGGUCCAAGUUGACUAGCAUAGCGGAGUCCUUUACGAGCAAGUUUCCCCCAAACCACGAUGGGGCGUACAAUAGUACACCGGCCAAGAAUGCACUCCCCCAGAGGUGCUUCUUCCGCGCAUGUCACGCCUGCCGACCAUACUAUCGCGAACGAGUCUUUAUUUCCUUCGAGGCCGUUCUCGCCGGCGACUUUGCACCCAUGACCCGGGCCAGCAUUGACCGCCUUCCCACGAAACCUGCAAACAUCAUGCGAACUAUCGGCACCACCGUUCCCUCGUUCCCCUCCCUCAUGACCCUCGGCACUGUUCCCUCUACCGUGCCCACCUCGUCCUCCUUCCCCUACUCCACAGAAGCGCCAACCAGCACAUCCUGCAGCUCCAGCGAAAUGACCUUUCAAACCACUCAAUCAGACGUCGACGAAAUUCACGCCCAGCGCCACCCUCGUCGCCGCUUCUACUCGAUGGGAAGACGAACGUCAGGCGACAUAGCCCGGGAUCUAUCGCGCCUCCCCUCCUUCUUCUCCCCCGAGGCCCUCAAAACAGCCGUCCAAAGCAUCUUCCGCCCCGGCCGAGACUCCAGCUCAUCCGGCUCAAACGUCACCCUCCCCCUCCCCCGCACCGGCACAGCCCGCGAUCUCGACGGCCCCCCAGCCGUAGUCGACUUCGACAUUGGUGCCCUUCGCCGCGUCCGCAGACAAAAGGAACGCAACCAAAUCAAAAACGGAACCUACCUCGGCGGCUUCGAAGUCGUCGACGACGACCAUUCAGACGCUCACUCACAUGUCCUGGCCUUGCGUGCCGCCUCUCACGACGACACCUCGGAUGACUACUCCGUCUACUCGUUUGCAGACGAGGGCAGCGAGGUCGAGGUCGAGGGCGGCGUGGCGCUCAGGGAGGAGGCGGUCGAAAUGCAUACCCCCGAUCUGCACGCUGUUGAUCUGCAUCGAGGGGAAGGGGGACGCGUGUUUUGCGUUGGCGAGGCGGAAGAAGAGGUUGGUGAUGUUGGUUUGCAGGGUAUUAUUGCCCAUGAGAUGUGA